AACCACAGAUUGUGUAUGUGUGCAUUCACCGCAUUCACUCACCUAGCACUUGAAUACAGGGAUCUAGCUAGUUGGUACAGGGUGCAUUAUAUCAUUAUAUUAUUAUACGUAGAAUCACAUAACUUAAGGUCCUGCAAUGUUACCUCUAUCUUUGUUGAAGACCGCGCAGAACCACCCAAUGUUGGUGGAACUGAAAAAUGGAGAAACCUACAACGGCCACCUGGUCAGCUGUGACAACUGGAUGAACAUCAACCUAAGAGAAGUCAUCUGCACCUCCAGGGAUGGUGAUAAGUUCUGGAGGAUGCCUGAGUGCUAUAUCAGGGGCAGCACCAUCAAGUACCUGCGCAUCCCCGACGAGAUCAUCGACAUGGUGAAGGAGGAGGUGGUGUCCAAGGGCCGCGGCCGCGGAGGCAUGCAGCAGAACAAGCAGCAGGGCAAGGGCCGAGGUGGCGGAGCAGGCAGAGGUGUGUUUGGAGGCCGCGGCAGGGGCAUGCAGGGAGUGGGCCGAGGGCAGCAGAUGGAGAAGAAGCCGGGCAAACCACAGGGCGUGAUGAAGAACCAGCACUGAGAGGAGAAGCCCUCUCUACCCACACACACCACACACACACACACACACACACACACCACACACACACACACACACACACACACCCUCACCCCCACCACAGGGCGUGAUGUAGAACCAGCACUGAGAGAAGAAGCCGUCUCCACCCGCCCACCCCCUCUCCACACCCUCACCCACUCGCCAUCCAUUUACACAGUUUGUAAACAGUAAAAGAUCUACGGCGCCCAUAAAGGGACAUAUGUCAAUCAAGUUUGCAGUAGCGUGCGCACCAGAAGCUUUUACAUGCGCACCAGAACUUUCCCGUGCUCACCAGAAACUUGAAACUCCUAGGAGGACCUGGGCAAUGUUUUUUGUGAGCAUGAGAAACUAGCUGGUACGCACCAGAAACUUAGGAGGAAAAAAGAACAUUGUACAUGGCUCUUUUUAGGGGAUCCGUAGACAUCUGAGCCAGCUGGUAGUUUUAGUUUGCUGCCGUGUUUUUUUUUUUUUUUGCUCUCUGAUUUCGUCACUGCUACGUCUGGACUGACCGCUUCUUUCUGGCCAUUUCUGUUUCACACAGUUCAAGAAUAUUCAUGAAAUUCAUUUAAUCGUUCGUUCAUUCACUCGAUUCAUUCAUUCAGGAUUUUAAAGUCACCGAGUAGAACAUGAGGGCCUGCGGCCGUUUCCUUUGCCUUUUUUAUUGUUAACUAUGUUGUGUGCUGAUCGUUGUAUUUCCAAACAAUUACUGGAGACAUUGUAAAGACAUCACAGGAUGCUUGAAAGUCUUUUUUUCUGUUAGGUUUUGAAUAUCAUUGAAUGACAUGUCAUACGUUUUCAAGGGUUUUGCUUUAGAUAUGGACAACAGCCUGAUGUUUUAAUUUAUUUACAAGGGCACUGUAAAUAAAUAUUUUUGUUAACCUUU